CUGCCCCUGCCCCCGUCUCGCUGGCCAGGCCCAAGGGACAGAAGGUCAAGGCAGAGCGCAAGGAGCUGGGGAAGCAGCAGGAGCCGACCCAGGCCGAGCUGGAGCAGUUUGCGGCUGAGUACGUGAAUAACUUGGUGAUGGAGACAGCGCAGCAGCUGCAGGCAGAGGUGAGGCCCGGGGGCAGCGCUCCCAGCCCCCGCUGGCUAGGGAGGGUCCUGGCGGGGUCCCGGCCACGUCCCCUGGCUGGAUGGGGCCAUGGAGCCUCCACGGCACCUGGGCUUGUGGGCGGCAUCCAGCCCGGCUCAGAGCUGAUUCCUCCUCCCCUGCCAGCAGCCGGACGAGCUGAGGGCGACGGUGCAGAGCGGGGGACACGAGCACGCAGGGUGCCACUUCUGCAGCCCGGACACCAGGGUGCUGCUGGGGAAGCUCCUCCAGCGCUGCGAGAAGCUCGAGGAGCAGGUGGAGUCCCUGGCCCAGAAGGCGGGCGGCAAGGUGGACAAUUAUCCAAAGUGGAGGAGACAGGUAAGGAGAUGCGGUGUAGGGGGCUUGAGCUGCCAGGACCCCCCAGGCAUUUCUGCUUGGCUGUAACGUAGGGGAGCCCCUCGCUGCCCCCCUAGUUGGCUUGUCGGAGUCAGAAGAACGGAAGGGAAUUAAAGCCUUGGAGCAAAUGUCCUGCUUGCACUGAGAGCCCGUGGCCACCAGCCAAAAUACCCUGGGUCUGUCCCUGCGGGGCAGCCACCCCUUUGCUCAGCACCGCCUUGUCCUCUUAGUCCCUGCAGCAGGAUGAGCAGAUCAAGUGCCUCCAGGCCAGCAUCAUGCAGCUCCAAAAGGACUAUGAGAAGUUCAGCUCGGCCCUUGCAAACCUCCAGCAGGAUCGUCAGCAGGAGCAGAAUGACAUCAAGGUGGGUGGCUGAAAGCCCCAAGCAGAGCCCAGGCUGGGACCCCAAGGGGUCUGUCCCCCUGCCACCCUGCUCGCAGCCCUGCACAGCUUCCCAGUGCCUUUCCUGGAGGCUUCUGAUGGGGUGGGGAGGCAGGGGGUGCUCGGCUGGCCGGGGGGCAGCUCACGGGCUGCUGUCUGCCUUGGAAGGCUCUGUCCCAGGCCCUGGAGAGAUUCAAGAAGCAGAAAGCAGACAAGGAGGAGCUGCUGGUGCUGGGAAUCGAUGAGAAAGCAGACAAAGACAAAGUCAGUCGCAGCCAGUUUGAGGCGUGCGUGGAGCAGCUGAACAAGGUGAUGGAGGAGGUGACGGGCCAGGAGAAGUUCUUGCACCGGUUCCAGCAAGAGCUCCAGAGGCAGAUGGACUGCAAGCUGGACCGCCGGGAGCUGGGGGCGUUCCAGCAGCAGCAGGAGGAGCGGUGGAAGAGCCUCAGCGGGCAGCUCCAGGAGAAGGCGCUGAAGCCAGAGCGUGACAAUGCCGCUGGGAUUAGGAAGCAGCUGCUGCCUGGUUUCCAUUGCCUGUCCUGUGACCGGCCCCUCAACAUGCUGGCGCCUGGACCGGAGCGGACGGGCGAGUGCAGAUACCCCACUGUUCCGCGGAGCUGUGGGGGCCCACACACUGUCAGGCCCCCGCGCUUCCAGCCCCAACCGCCCAGCACCCCACGGCCAUCCCAACCCAGUGCCCGCCGCCCCAACAAGAAGGACGCGAUGCAUCUGUCGGGCCAGGACGGCACUGAUGGGAACCAACCGAACAAGCAGCCAUCUGUAACGGAGAGCUCUGGGCUGCCCUCAAGGCAAAGGGGGACGCCAGACACCACAACCUCGAGCAGCCAGCCAAGCACCGCCUCCCCGCUGCUGUUAGCCGUGCUGAAGUGCCAACCAGCCUCAUCUCCCGGACGCCUCACCCUGCCACCGAAGCUGCUGCCACACCGCAUUAAAUCAGCGCCCUGACAGCCGGGCAGGACGGGGGUCCCGGCCCCGGUCCCACCGCCCCGGGCGCUGAGCAGGCAGCAGCUGCAAUAAAUGGCGAUGGGCAACCAA